AUGCAUCACCUCCCCCUCCUAUUAUCACUAUUACUCGCGAUCGCAGCCCCACUAGCAUGGGCCGCCCCAGCAUCCCAUCAACUGGGCCAGAUAUCACAUAUAUACGACACAACAGACAAACUGCCCCUCCCAAAUGAAGGCAACCUCCAAGUCCACGACCCAAAUAUUAUCCUCCACGAUGAGCACUACUAUCUCUUCAAAGGCGGCAUCAACAUCCCAAUCUUCAAAUCCGCAAACAUGUCCGGACCCUGGGAAAAGAUCGGCACAGUCCUAGAUGGCGACAGCAUAAUCCACAAAGGCAACCGCUCCCGCCCCUGGGCACCAACAACAAUCGAACACAACGGGAAGUUCUACUGCUAUUACACUCUCAGCUCGAGGGGUUCGCGGAACAGCGCCAUCGGCAUCGCAACCACGACUACCCUCGACGGCAGUGCGUGGACAGAUCACGGCGUUUUAAUCAACACGGAAAAAGGACCCGGUUCGGAUGUGUAUCCGUACACGAUCACGAAUGCAAUUGAUGCAUCUUUCAUUUUUGAUCAGGAUUCUGGCCAGGCAUACCUCAACUACGGCAGUUUCUGGCAUGAUAUCUGGCAAGUGCCGUUAUCUGAUGAUCUGCUUUCUGUUAAGGAUGCUGGGAAGCCGGAUGCGGUGCAGUUGACGUUUAUCCCGCGGGAGAAACGCAAGCCUGAGGAGGGGUCUUGGAUGAGUUACCGGGACGGCUGGUACUAUACUUGGUUUAGUCGUGGGAAGUGUUGUAAUUUUGAUGGUGUGUUUCCGGAUCGCGGGGAAGAGUAUAGUAUUCGUGUUGGGAGGUCGAAGGAUGUUCGGGGUCCGUUUGCGGAUCGCGAUGGGAAGCUUUUGCGAGAGGGGGUGGCGAGGUUGUUUAUGGGUCGAAUCAUGGGGUUGUUUAUGCUCCUGGAUGGGGAAGCUCGUCUUGGUUGGAACUACUUGGAUUAUGAGGAUGGUUGGCCGGUUCCUGUCGAAGGCCAGGAUCCUACGGCUACCAGUGCAGGCUCUAUUCAUGGGGUUACCAAUUGGGAUUACCUCCCGGUGGUACUGGGUGAGUAG